UAUUUUUGAACGCAGCUGUUUCGUCGGGUUUUUUCUUACUGAAUGUUAUUGAAUCUCACUAACAUAAAAGGAAAUGUUCAUUCAUAUUUGAGACUUGAAAUAAGUUUUCGAGUAGAUUGCUGAAAACUGUACUAGAUUCGAAAAAAAUUCAAGAAAUUUUGAACUUUCGUUAUAAUAUGGUAAUUAUGGACAAUUUCUACCAACAGGACAAAUUGUCUGAAUUAUGGAAUAAAAUUGAUCAUUAUCAUCUCAAAUUUUUGGAUAUUGAAGAAAGUCCAGAGAAAAUCGAAAUGCGAAAUAAAUUAGAAGCUUUGAUCAGGGAAUUUUUAUGCAUAGUGUCGCAUAAGCAAAAAUUCUUUUUACCAGUCACAUAUGAAGUAUUAUUCAGAUCUUCGCAAGGAUUAUCAGAUUUCAGUGGAUACAAAGCAGCAACUGGAUUCAAUGCUGUACAACUCUAUGCUGGAAAUUUAUUUUCUCAGCCUUGGAGAAAAGAAUACAAGCAAAUUAGAAAAUAUUCUGGCUUUUUCAAGCAUCAUGUGGAGGCCAACUUAAUAAAUGGAGAAUUACUGUUAGAAGCAAUGGGAUACAAGUCAAAGGCCCUUUCCACGUUAAUUCUUGAUGAACCACUAAAUCUUGAUCGGAUAAUUUCAGUUUCGAAAGAUUGUUUAAUAGCCUAUGUUGAAUGUCAGAUUAUGAAAGCCAUUUGGGAGGAAAUGACAGCAUCAAAUAUUAACAUUUCAUGGAAUGAAAUUCUUGAAUUUCGCCAAACACAUCUCUGUUGUCCAGAACAAUCAAUAAAAUCUCUUAAAUAUGGUUAUCAACAAAAACAUUUUCAAGAUCAUAGUCGUGUAGGGCCACAGGGAAAUAUGAAUUUAUAUCAUGUACCACAAAGUUAUUCCAACCAUUCUUUAUCACCUUUAACAAACCAUGAACCACCACCUAUGGUUCCACCUCAUUAUUUAUAUGGAGUCAAUGGUUGCUGUCAAAACGCCUGCAUGUCUUAUGCCCAAAUGGCAUGCCCUCAACAUUUAAGUAUGUCUUAUGCUUCCCAAUUGAUUAAACCACAAUUUAAUUCAACUGGUUAUUAUUAUGCUAAUGGACCAACAAAUCAUCAUGCCAUGUAUAAUCCAAAUCCAGUUCCAAUUGCACAGUUGAUUGAGGUGGAACCUCAAAAUAAUUAUGAUGUAGUUGAUAGGCCAGGUCACUCAAGAAUUCAGAGGCCCCACAAUAUGGGAGAUAUGUACGCCAAUUAUAAUGCAGCAGAUUUAAUUGCUAGAGAUAACAGGGAUUCUGAUAAGACUGACUCUCAGUUUGAAGAUUGGGAUUAUGUUUAUAGAACUUUAGAGACACAAGGUUACAAUAAAGAUUUAGGUGAAAGAGGGGAUGUCCUGAGUCGAGGAUUAGAAGGAAGGACAAAAAUGGAUUCCAAGAGCUCCGAUAAGAAAAAAAAAGAAAAAGAAACAUUAAAAAAAACCAAAUUACCAAACUCUGAGAUGUCAAUAAAUAAUUUGACUCUUAGUAGCAGAUCAAAGCAAAACACACUUGACAAAACAAAUAAACAGAGGAAGAUGUCGGAUUCUAAGUCACAAAUAGAUGUGUCACCAGCCAGUUCAUAUGAUAAUUUAUCUCCUAACGAUAAGAAACAGCUCGGAAGAAUUUCAAAAACUCCCAUUCCCAAAACAAAAAUGGAGAAUUUGGAUAAGUCUAUAAUUACAAAACAAACAUCUAAAACUAUUAAAAAAGAAGACAAACGGAAAAUAGAAAAUUCCGAUUGGGAGUGUAAGGUGUGCACAUUUUUAAAUAAAAGUUCAACAAAUAUCUGUGAAAUGUGUAGCAAGUCAAGGUGCAAUAUAGAAGAGGAAAUUGAGGUAGGAGGACCUGAGUGUGAAAAUUGCACUUUAGUGAAUGCUAAAGAUGCCAAAGUAUGUCAGGCUUGUGGAAAAAGUUUGGAAAAUUCACCUACUAGAGUCUGAAUUUACUCUUUCCAAGUCACCUAUUUGAAUUUAUAGCUUUAACUUUACAAAAUAUGAAUUCUAUAUAAAUGAAAUCAAUUCAAAGGGGAUUAUAAUAACAAUGAAUAGAAGUUUAUGUUUAAGAGUCCCAGAUAUAUGAGAUGGGCUUGCAAUGGAGGCUGUGAUAUGGAGUUGAACUUAACCGCUUGAGUCAUCAAUUAUUCAGAAUAGUGGGUUAUAAUUGUUUAAUAGAAAUUAAAGCUUAUGAAACUGACUAUGCAAAUACUUAACAAACACUUUUACAAUAGGGAGGGAAAAAAACACAAAUGUACAGGGUAGCUCAACAAAAAUUGAACUCUUAGGUUUUAGUUGUUAAAAUAUAGAAAAAUUAAAAGAUUCACUUUGGUUUGCUUCGAGUUGAGAUACAUUUUUAUUUUUUUAUCAUUGCUACCUCAACCCUUGAGUGAAUGAGAAAUAUUAUAAAAUCUGCAAUUCCAAUUAUCUUGGAUAUUUCUACAAAUUAUGAAACUAAAUAUACUUUUGAUAAUUAAAGGUUGAUGCUUUCAUAAAUAAUACAAUUCCGUUUUAUAUUGUAGCAUCGUAGCAUGAAAUUCUUUAUUAAUUUUUAUUUUGAUGACGAUAAGAACUUGACUUUUUGAAUAUCUUUUUUCAUGUGAUCAAAAAAAAUAAUCAUUAUUGUUUGAUAACUUUUAAAUAAACCUAUUUGACUAAAUGCAAAAGUAAGACAAUUUUGUCCUGGACCAUAUAAAAUGAUGUUUUGCCAAAAUGUUUAAUUUCGAAAAAAUAUUUUAACUAAAUUAAUGGAGGGUUGAAGUAGGGAUAGCAUUAAAACAUUAAAAAGUACAACCCUAUCCACUAAAUGAAAAUUUUGUUUUAUACACUUUUUUUACCUAAUAAAACCACAAGUAUAAUUUUAGUUGGACCAACCUGUAUUAUGGAUAUUUUAUUCGAAAUAAUAAUUAUAUGGGGUACUUUUUCUAUAUAUAUUGAAAACAAAUUAUACAUUAUGAGUUUCUAUUGAUAAAAUUUACAUACACCAAAAUGAUAUUAAUUUGCAAUUCAAUUAAUGACUUCAUUAGAAUGUGUGUUAAUUUUUGCUUUGUUGGAGAUCAAUGUUAAAUACGAUGUUUGGCAGAUUAUAAGAAGGAAAUUAUUAAUUUAUAGUAAUCAUAUAUCUUGAAAAAAUAGUUUGUGAUUUUUUUGCUGAUAUUUGCUUCUGAAAUUAGUAUUGCUUUUUUAAAUUAACCAGAUAAUAGUAUUCAGAGAAAAAUUGAAGCAAAUAUUUUGAGGUAUUUGAACUAUAAUCAUGACUAUGAAACAUUUCAUAAUAGAAAAGUUGAAUAAUGUGUCUUCAUGUUAUUAAAAAACGAAAUAAUUAGUUCAAUUUAGUGUGUGAUUUUUUCUUUAUAUUCUGAAAUAAAUAAGAUAAGCAAAUCA